AUGGUGUCUCUGUGGUGGCAGUGUGAAAGUGUGAUGAAGGUGGUGAUGGUGUCGUGGAUCAGGCGCAAGGACCUGCACGUGCUGACCACGGGUAACUUCACGUACACGACGGACACAAGGUUCCGCGCUCUGCACCUGCCCGGCUCGCCCUUCUGGAGCCUGGAGGUGGACCGGCCCGCCAUCACCGACUCUGGCCUCUACGAGUGCCAGGUGUCCACGCAGCCCAAGAUAUUCCGCCGCUUCAGGCUCAGCGUUGUGGUCCCCAGCGCGCGCAUCACCGGCUCGAGGGAGAUCUUUAUGAAGGCGGGCAGCGACAUCAACAUCACGUGUGUGGUGAAGGGUGCCAUCAGGGGAGCGCCCGUCACCUGGUACCACGUGCUGCCCCGCGACCCACCCAAGGAGGAGCUGGUGGAGAUCAACGCCGGGGGUCGGGGCGGCGUGCAGCUGGUGACGGACAAGAACUCGGGCACCAGCUGGCUCCUGCUCACCCACGCCACCUGGAGGGACGCCGGGAACUACACGUGCGCGCCCGUGCACGCCACGCCCGCCUCGGUGUCCGUCCACGUGCUCGACGAGGCUCCAGCUGAGCUCCAAAACGACCCCCAACCGAGCUGGGCCCAGACGUCCACCCAAGGAACGCCAGGCCUCCUGCUGCUCCUGCUGGGGUUUCACCGUCUGCUGGGGCGCGACGGGGGGAGAACGUGGUGCCUCUGGACUCUCCUGACCCUGUGUCUAGUGCUCCCCAGCGCCGUCAGGGGUACGAGUGGCCUUCAGGACGCCUCUCAGACUAGUAAAGCAGCAGAAGGAUCGUUAACAGUCGCCGCGAGGGAUGGAAACAGAGUCCUUGGGGUCACGCUCUUAAGAAAACAGGAGUUGGGAGGGCCCCCACACUGUGUGUGGAGGAAAUUAUCAACGGCACCCCGAGUAACGACAACAGCACCCAGGCGGUGGCCACACAAGCUGCACUCAAGAUGCUUUCAUCCCACCCCUAGAUGCCACCCCGGAUGCCGGCCUGGUGCACCCCCUUGUACGGCGUCUGGAGAGGGCAGAGAAUCUCGGGUGCUGUCGUGUCGUUCGUCAAGCUGCUCCGCUCGCCGCACACCAACAUGGCAGAGCAAGCCGUGUGGGCGCCGGGAAACACUGCUGGCGACGGGCCCAAACUCAGAGACUUCUUCAUUAAGGCUGGCAUUGUACAACCUCUUCUGCAACUCAUUAGACCAGACACAGAGACUGCUCAGAGAAUCAACGAGGUGGACCGCCUGGGACAGUUGAAUGAAGAGUGCGGCGGACUGGACAAGACUGAGGACUGCAGCACCACGAUCACGAGACCGUGUAGCCUGCAAGAAGGCCCAAAAUAUCAUCGAUAAGUAUUUCGGCGAAGAGGAGGGCCCCGAGGUGAGCAGCACCGUCAAUGGCCACGCGUAUGACCAUCAGGCGUGCGACUUCUCUGCAGUGCACAACGUGCCUGAGGGUGGAUUCUCUUUCUAGGACUCCACUGUGUGUGUCUGGCUAGGGAGUAGCAGCAGUAGGCAGGGUGUGUGUGUUCCACGGCGGAAUAAUGUGAUAAUGUAUCUGACCGUCAAUCUCAUUAG